AUGGCUCCUCCAGGCGUGAGUAGCAAGGGCAAGGCGACAAAGCCCGGCAAGCCCUCGCAAGCACCGCGCAGCCGGAAUACAACGCCGCUGCCCAAUGUACGCACCUCGGUCGAGCCUGCUUCCUCUUCCUCGUACUUUGGAAACCGCCUGAGCUCCUACCUCAAAAAGAGCCCCAAGACGGUCGAGGACAUACUAGAUGGUGGCGCCAACGGCUCUUCCAUUCCAACCGGCAAGCAGCUGCUGUCUAUGCGCGACGAAAUCGAGAAGACUGUGCUGAAGAACGUCGAGUCACGCUGCGUGCAGUCGGAAGGUGCGCUGCGGGAGCUAAUGAACAACAAGAAGAACAGGGCGCCGCGUGAAAGGGAGAAGGACAAGGACGGCGAGGAGCGCGAGCGCAAACACAAGCUCAAGAAGGUGAGCAAGAAACACGACGAGGACGGGAAACACCCGCCUGCAAUCGGUGCCCAUGGUGUAGCCAGGCAGGACGGCGGUGACGCCAAAGACAACUCCUCGGCCAUCUCGUCACCAAUAUCGCAAGCUGCGCCCUCCGCUGCCGGCAACGGGCCAGCAGACGCUCCCUCGCCCAGCGGCUCAGAUGUCUCUCACCAACCCGCCCCCGCCCCCGCUGUACCGCAGUUCCAGACUUUCGGCCCUGAUCCCGCCAAAUUCGAUGACCCCACAGUAUACCAUAUACGCGAGGUUACGCCCGGUAUGUCCAUUGAGGAGAGGAAAGAGAUAUACUGUGUCGCAGAGUUUCCCAAGCACGAUCUCCGCGACAGGAUAGCCGGAUCACCACCAGCAAAGGACUUCUCCAACGCCAAGCCGCCUUCACAGGUCAAUGCCACUGUCUUCGCCAACUACGUUGAACCCUACAUAAGGCCCCUCACUGAGGAAGAUGUGGCCUUUUUGAGGGAGCGCGGAGACCGCAUAGCGCCUUUCGUACUACCCAGACGCGGCCAACGGCACUACAAGGAGAUAUGGGCAGAGGAAGACGGGUCUAUGCACAUAGACUCGAACGACCAGCGACCACCACCCAACGUCCCCCGUGGGGCUGCAGAGGACAUAUCAGACGACGUGCUCGAGACAGAUCAAGUGUCUACUGGCCCUCUCCUGUCGCGCCUAUUAGCUACAUUAAGACCCGAGGGGCGUGGUAAUCAGGGUGGUCAACACGAGACGAACGGAACGAAUGGAGACGCCAUGGACAUCGACGAAGGCGCGGGGGCUCAAGCGGACACGACCAACACCAACUCAAUACCUGCUGCCGCCCAGCUUCCCGACCUUGUUCAGCCGGGCUGGAAACCUCCGCCACAAACUGGUCGCACCGACUAUGUUGGCAUGGAAGAUCGUGUACUAAUGGAGCUGAAGCACUUUGGCCUGAUUUCUGAAGUAGACGCGGAAUCGCAAUCGUACGAUUCCCAUUUCGAUGACGAAGUAGCCCAACGGCUUCGCUUCCUGCAAGAAGAACUUCGCAAACAAUCCAUCAUUAACGGCGCACGAAAACAACGCCUUCUCGAACUCACCGAAGAGCGCAUAGCCCAGCAGGAGUACAACACCAUAGCCGACGAUCUCGAUAAUCAACUCAACGCCGCAUACCUCAAGCGGAACCGCAAUAUCGGCAAAGGCAAGAAACAAAACAAGCGGCCGGGCGGUGCGGGAGGUGGCAGUCAUCCUGUAGCUAACGCUGGAAUUUCGAGACCGGGCGUAGGCGAGCCGAUUCGGACUCUUAUGGAGAGAAGACAACAAUGGAUCAACACGAUAGGACCUGUUGUCAACUACGGAAAGACCGGGUUGCCGACCGAGACCAUCUUCGGAGAGGAGAAGAUGAAGGAGCUGGAGAACAGAGAGGUGGAGAUAUGGAAUACAGAGGCUGAUGAGUAG